UAUGGUUGUCUGGCAAUUCCUCUAUGUAUAAUGUCACUUUAAGGUUAUGUUGAAUAUGGUUUAAUACUAAUUGAAAUUUGUAAUUUCGAAUGUACAUAUUGAGGUUAGAGUACGAGAAGAUAUAAAGUUUAAAAGAUUAUUUAGAAGAAUAUCUACAACGUUUAUAUAAGAACUCCAACAAUAAAGUAAUUCGUACUAUCAAAUGAGAACAUUUGUCGGUGUAAAACGCUUCGAGAAUAGUUACAUUUUUUAAUUUAUAAGCAAAAAAUGUUGAUUACUGUAUUUCAAUGUAUAAUAUAAGAAAAUAAACACUGUUACCCUUAAACGAAUCUAUUAAUAAAUAUAUUGGAUUGUAUUCAUACUUUCGAAUAAGCGUUGUUAAUUAACCUUAUUGUCUUAACGAUGAAGAACGUGGAUGAAUUGCGAAAUUUACAACAUACACUCUUAGAAGAUGUGUUUUUAAAGGGAAUACAACGAAAUGAAGAACAAUGCAAAGUAUGGACAGCCUACAAAAAUGGUCAUCUGAAAGUUGCAGAGGCGUUGGGUUCCCUACAGAAGGAGGUAUAUGUAAAUUGUAUGGUGCCAAUUGGAAAGAGAGCAUUGAUGAAAGGAAAAUUAAUUCAUACUAAUGAAGUGUUAGCUUGUUUGGGUGAUGGAUAUUUUGCAAAAUAUAGUGCUUCAGGAGCACAAGCACUCUGCGAAAGAAGAAUACAACGAGCAGAGGAAAUGUUAAAGGAUUUAAGUGGCGAAAGAGAUCUGUAUGAAACUAGAAUGAUGAUAGCAGAGACUGAUCUUUUCACAGAGUGUGCUGGCAAGGAAAUUGUAGAACAUUGGAAUGAAGACCAAGUUGAAGAAUGGAAAAAGAAACAUAGGGAAAGAGAGAAAGAAUACAAUCAGAAAUUAGCCAAACUCAGACAAGAAGAGAAAAGGAAGAUUGAUACAGAGGAAGAUCUCUUUCACAGACUUGAUCAGCUUGAACUAGAAGAGGAGCUAGCAGAUGAAUAUGAUAGAUGGGAAGAUGAACGACGUGAAUUAUUUGGAGAUGACUUAGAAGAAGAUGAAGAUGAAGAUGAAGAUGAUGAAGAAGAAGAAGAAGAAGAAGAAGAAGAAUGUUCCAAUGAAUCAAAAAGUUCCUCUGAAAAUGAUAAGAAAGAUCCCAAGGAGAAGGAGACAUCUGUCUCUGACUCUGAAAAUAAGCAGUCUAAAGAGAGCAUUGAGCAUUGCAGACUGAAAAAAUCAGUUUCUUUUGCAGACCAAGAGGAUCUUCUAAAUAAAAAUGAAGUCGAAACUUCAGCGAAAAAAGUAAAUGUAGAAAGUUCAGAGGAAGAUGUUCUUCGGAUAGAGUUUAGUCACUCUCAAAAUAAUCCAGUUGUAAAGUCGGACGACGAUACGAUAGAAACACCAGCAGAUAUUUAUAGGAUAUUUUCAAAGCCUAAAUCUAUUUUAAGGAGAUCACCGAAUGAUGUUGCUCCUGUACAGGUUGCUCCUCCUGAGUACAGUACAGAAGAAGAGGAAGAAAACGAAGAAUCUAUAAAACCUUCCGCAUAUGAAACAGUGGUGAAAGAUAUCAAGGAAAGAAUCUGUGAAAAUUUGCCUUUGGUACCUGAUGUAGCUUCAAAAGCAGACACAGAAACCCGACCAGUUAGUAGAUUUAAAAAAGACCGACAGUCGAAGAAGUAACAAGCAGUAUUAGAAAAUUUCUACGAUGUCAAUUUUGUUAAUAAAAAUUCUCUUAUAAUUAAAA